AUGGCCGACCACAAGUCCAAGGCUCUCUUCGAGCAGAUCACCGACGGCCUCAAGGGCAUGGACGACAAGGAGAAGGCCGACAUCAAGAAGAAGACCAACGGCGUCUUUGAGAUGCACAUCAAGAACUCCAAGGGCGAGGAGCUCGUCUGGACCAUCGACCUCAAGAAGGGCGGUGAGGCUUACGAGGGCAAGGCCAAGGGCAAGGCCGACGUCACCAUCAACUGCUCCGACGACACCUUCAUGGACAUGGCCGACGGCAAGCUCAACGGACAGAAGGCCUUCAUGUCGGGCAAGCUCAAGGUCAAGGGCAACGUCAUGCUUGCCACGAAGCUUGACGGUGUCCUCAAGAGCCAGCGCGCCAAGCUCUAA